AUGAAAUAUAUUACAUUAAUAACAACAUUGCUGCUAUUAUUCUCUACGCUAAAUGCUUCUGUAUUAGACAACACAGAAAGAGAAAUAAUUGAACCCAAUGUGAAUAUUGAUGAGGAAAAACCACCAAAAGGUAUGAGUUGGGAAGCUUGGCAUAUGCAACAUGAACACCAAAUGGAAACAUAUACUCCAGAAAUUUUCUUUUCUUUACAUGACAUUGGAAACAAGGGUUAUUUAGAUGCUAAUGACAUAAUUUCCAUGUAUGGUUUAAAUAGAGAUGAAGUGGUCGGUACUGGUGAUGGUAUGGGUAAACAUGAUGAUUCUGAAGAAAUCGAUAGUGGUUUAACCGCUAGAGUAGUUAACUUUAUUAUGAAAUUAUUGGAUGUUGACGAUGAUACCAAAAUUACAAAGGCCGAAUAUCUAAACUUUGCUAAAAAGGGAGAUAAAUUUCCUGAUUUGGGUGUUGGAGUUGGUCAUCAUGCCGAUUUUGAGUUGGAAUAUGAAAUUCACCACUGGAACAAAUAUCAUAAAGACCAAGAUCCUGAGGUUAGGAACGUUCACAAAGAAGAUAUUGAACAUGAGCUUUUACAUCAUGAACACGAGAUUGAGCAUGAGGAAACUGUUCAAAGAGGUGCUUCAAGACAAACAGUCAUUACUGAUGACCAAUUGGAAUCAAGAAUAAAACUGCAAAACAUUCCUGAAAAGUAUAGAGCUGUUCAUUGA